AUGUUGCAGCACCGUACCGAGGAAAUCAAUGUGGAUCUUGACGCUGAUAAUGCCAUAUCGGUCGACAUCUCUGAUGCGUUAUCAGAAAGAGAUAAGGUUUGUUUAUCAGUUGUUUUUGUUAUGGCAAUCAGAAAAUUUUGAGA